GUUGUGCAGUGUUUUAAAAACGCGGGGCGGGGGCGGGGCAGUUACGGGCGCCUACCUUGUCGACGACGGGCUCGGAGAGUGUCUGACCCAUGAUGCCUGGUGCCUAUGAGGACCGCGGGGCAAAGAGGGAGGAGAUGUGGAGGUGCAGCGAACGACGUUUUGCGUUCAUGCAAUUGUGAACCGUCACUCGAGUCCUGUGUGGGGUGGUUGGAAAAGGGCAAGCGCGGGCGGAUGCAGAUGUCUGAGGGUGUCGACGGUAAGGUGAAGGGAAACAGAGGGGGAAGGAGCGGGAAGGGAGAGAAUUGCGUGUCUGGCUCGCUAAAGAGUAAACAGGUGCUGUUGGUGUUGAGGCGGAGUGACGCUCUCAAUCUCUCGAGGCCCUCGACAGGCAGCGCGCUAGUGCUAGCUAGCUGCGAGAACCUGACGUGCCAGGUGGGCAGGGAGAUGACGGCAACCUUGGGUGCAUUUUCUGCGCGCCCACGGGACGGUGCUCUUCAGCAAAUACGCGCCCGGCCUGUGAACAGCAGCCUGAGGUGGGCUUGCUUCAUCGAAGGCGUCUUCGUAGCCUGAUGUUCGUACACAGCUCGCGUGCCCUCGCACAGGGCUGAAAACUCAAUUCGACCGACAGUUCCAAAAUCGAGACCACCUGCCACCUUAUCCCACUACUGCGGCUGACAGCACCGCCUCAGGUCCAGCCAUCAUUUCGACAAUCCCUCCUUCCUCCCCUGUCUGCCUUUGUAUCGUCAGCAACAGAGCGAGGCAAAAUGCUUCCAAUGUCGAGCUUACAGCUAUACCCUAGUCAUUGUCCUGUGUCAAAGGCAGCAACGGCCUGGCUGCCCCACAUGCAGCUGUCCCACCAGUUUAGAGGCGUG